AUGAGGGCGCUGUGUUUGAACUUUGCCAUCACCUGUCUGUGGCUUCUCCCGUCAGCGGUCCAAGAAACAGUGAAGCCCCUGGACUUUCAGAGCCAACAAUGGAGAGAGGAGGAAGGAGGAACAGGAGACGCUGCUGGAGCUGCUUUGAAAGUCAAACAUAUGUUCAAAGACUUGCAGAUCAUCUCCACCAAACAAAAAUCACCUGCUUACGGCCCUCUUGGCCCGUACGGUUGGCCUCAGAAUUUCUCCCAAGCCAUGGAUCAGUAUCUGUACCGCCCUCCUCCUAAAUCCAAACCUCCUGCAAAAACAUCUACAAAGGCCAAGAAGAUCCUGGGCUGGGGCGAUUUUUACUUCAAUGUGAAAACGAUGAAGUUCAGCCUCCUGGUAACGGGGAAAAUCGUGGACCACAUCAACGGCACGUUCAGCGUCUACUUCCGCCACAACUCGUCCCGUCUGGGGAACAUAUCUGUCAGCAUCGUCCCGCCCUCCAAAGCUGUAGGAUGGGAGGUUUUGGAUCCAGUGGCUCAAAGCGUUCACACCAAAAAUUCAGUCCUGGUUCCAGAUCUGACGUCGCAGUUCCAGAGCCCGCCUCAGUCCACUAGUGUUACUCCCCAAGACCAGCAGAAGCAGCAGCCGGACGUGAUGAUGGUGACCGAACUCAACUGUCGGAUCGAGUACCAGAGAACCAACCGGUCCAAGAAGACCAAGCCCUGCAUGUACGACCCAGGGAAGACCUGCUACUCAGAAAACACCCAGUCCCAGGCAGCCUGGAUCUGUGCCAAACCCUUUAAGGUUAUAUGCAUCUUCAUCGCCUUCACCGGUAGCGACUACAGGCUGGUGCAGAAAGUCUGUCCGGACCACAACUUUCAGACGGAGCAGAACCAGCAGCACUUCGGGUGA